AUGUUUAGAAGAUAUUUAUCUAGCACUUCUUCUAGAAGAUUCACCAGUGUUUUGGAAGAAAAGGCAUUUCAAGUGACUACUUACUCUAGGCCUGAAGAACUAUGUAUUACUAGAGGAAAAAAUGCCAAGUUGUACGAUGACUUAAACGGUAAGGAAUAUAUCGAUUUCACGGCGGGUAUUGCUGUGACUGCAUUGGGUCAUGCAAAUCCCGAAGUCGCUGAAAUUUUGUACAAUCAAGCUAAGAAGCUUGUCCACUCUUCCAAUCUCUACUUUACUAAGGAGUGUUUAGAUUUGAGUGAGAAGAUUGUGGAAAAGACCAAGCAAUUUGGUGGUCAACACGACGCUUCGAAAGUAUUUCUGUGCAAUUCAGGCACAGAAGCAAAUGAAGCAGCUUUGAAAUUUGCCAAGAAGCAUGGUAUAAUGCAGCAUCCCGGAAAACAAGGCAUUGUCGCAUUCGAAAACUCUUUCCAUGGGCGCACUAUGGGUGCUUUAUCAGUUACCUGGAACAGUAAAUAUAGAACUCCGUUUGGCGAUCUAGUGCCUAAUGUAUCAUUCUUAAAUCUUCAGGACGAACUGACGAAAUUGCAGGAUUACGUCUCUUCCAAAAAGGAUGAGAUUGCGGGUUUGAUCAUUGAGCCAAUACAAGGUGAGGGCGGUGUUUUCCCAGUAGAAAUUGAGAAAUUAACCGCGUUAAAAAAAAUAUGCCAAGAUAAUGAUGUCAUUGUCAUUCAUGAUGAGAUCCAGUGUGGAUUGGGCCGUUCAGGUAAGUUAUGGGCUCAUGCCUAUUUACCAAAGGAGGCUCAUCCAGAUAUCUUCACAUCUGCCAAAGCUUUGGGUAAUGGGUUUCCGAUUGCUGCUACUAUUGUCAAUAAUAAGGUCAAUGAUGCUUUAAGAGUUGGUGACCAUGGCACCACUUACGGCGGGAACCCGUUGGCUUGCUCUGUAAGUAACUACGUCUUAGACACUAUAGCAGAUAAAGCUUUCUUAGAACAAGUCUCCAAGAAGAGUGAAAUUCUUCAAAAGCGUUUACGCGAAAUUCAAGCCAAAUACCCAAAACAAAUAAAGACUAUCAGGGGUAAAGGUUUAAUGCUCGGUGCAGAAUUUGUUGAGCCACCUACCGAGGUCAUCAAGAAGGCCAGAGAAUUGGGUCUUUUGAUUAUCACCGCUGGUAAGAGUACGGUUAGAUUCGUUCCUGCUCUAACCAUUGAAGAUGAGCUUAUCGAAGAGGGGCUGAACGUUUUCGAAAAAGCAAUUAAAGCCGUCUAUGCUUAG